GCUGCUCUCCAAUUACCUCUUCUUCCUUUUUCUCCCCACGACCGACGCGCCCAGAGAAGCCUACCUCGGGCCCACCACGCUUCGUCUCCGCCUGCUUCCCUUCUGCCGUGCUUCACAUGCAUGUCGGGCAAGGAAGACGUCGCGCCGCUGAAAGAUGAGGGCAACCGCUGGCAAGUCGUCUGCGCCGGCGGCAUUGCUGGCCUAGUCUCCAGAUUCGCCAUCGCGCCCCUCGACGUCGUCAAGAUCCGGUUACAGCUACAGCCGCGCCUCCGGCACCCCACGACGCCCCCACCAGGCCUCCCCCUCCCCCAACCCCUCUACACCACAACCCUCAGCACGCUCCUCACCAUCCUGCGCACCGAGGGCGUGCGCGCCCUCUGGAAAGGCAACCUCCCCGCCGAAGCGCUCUACGUCCUCUACGGCGCCACGCAGUUCACGUCGUACCGGCUGUGCGCGAGCCAGCUGGCCGCCCUCCCAGCACCGUACACGCCCUCGCCGACAGCGACCUCGUUCCUCGCCGGCGCCACAGCCGGCACCCUCGCGACCGCAUGCACCUACCCGCUCGACCUGCUCCGCACGCGCUUCGCAGCGCAGGGCGCGCGCCCCUCGGCCCUGCGCCCCGCCUACGCCUCGCUGCGGUUCUCGGUCUCAGACAUCCUGGCCCGCGAGGGACCCCGCGGCUUCUUCCGCGGCCUUGGGGCGGGCUUGGCUCAAAUCUUCCCCUACAUGGGCCUCUUCUUCUCGCUGUACGAGGGGCUCCGCCCCGCACUGGCGCCCCUCCCGCUGAUGCCCCUCGGUGGCGCCGACGCCGCGGCCGGCGUCCUCGCUAGCAUCGUCAGCAAGACGGCUGUCUUCCCCCUCGAUACGGUGCGCAAGCGCCUGCAGGUGCAGGGGCCUACGCGCGCCAGCUACGUCGGCGGCGAUAUCCCCGCGUAUCGUGGCGUGCUGGGGACGGUGAGGGCGGUCGUCGCCCGAGAGGGCGCGAGGGGCUUGUAUAGAGGCCUGGGCGUCAGUUUGAUCAAGGCGGCGCCGGCUAGCGCCGUCACGAUGUGGACGUAUGAGCGGGCGAUGGGGGCGUUGGUGGCGCUGGAGGAGGCGUGGGCCGAGGAGUAGUUGUGUGGGGAUGGGAGUGCAAUGCCGUAACCCCAGCGGCUUGGAACGGAUAGGCCUUUCCAUGCGCCAUGUCUGUCUAUCGCCUUGCUCCCGCAGGCCGAGAAAGACAGAGGAGAGAAAGACAGAGCAGACACGGCACCACUGCCUCCC